GAAAAUGGAACGAAUAUGAACAUAAUUCCCACUCAAAUUAUCAACAAAUCGAAUGCCAAAAGGCAAAGCCGUUUUACGCAAACCCCCGAAUCUCUUCUCCAUUUUGCUCGGAGUCGCGAUCGGUCAGCUCAUUGAAUUCGAUUCCUUUGUUUAUCGAUCCAAAGAUUCCUACUUUUGUGAUUCCCCUUCUUUUCUCAUACACGGUUGGAAAUUAAUUAUCCCAACAUUGGAGUCCAUCACCUUUGACCUUUUUCUAACUAUAUAUAUGAUGAGAUCCACGAGUUUAAUUCUCGCUGCGAUCGUCUAAUUGAAGAGCUUGAGGUCUUCAUUUGAUCUGCAGCCGAUAUUUAGCAAGUUUUGGCCAUAAAAAAUGGGUUACAUGAACAAUGAAUCUGGCCAAAAUAAUCAGCAGAAUGAUCCUGUUGCAGCAAUACGCGAUGGGAAAGAUGUUCUAUUGCAGGCCUUCAAUUGGGAGUCUCAUAAGCAUGAUUGGUGGAGGACCUUAGACAGAAAGGUUCCUGAUAUUGCAAAAUCUGGUUUUACAUCAGCUUGGUUGCCCCCACCUUCACAUUCAUUUUCACCAGAAGGUUAUCUUCCUCAAAACCUUUACUCCCUUAACUCAUCAUAUGGUUCUGAGCAGCAGUUAAAAGCUUUACUUAACAAGAUGAAAAGCUACAAAGUUAGAGCAAUGGCUGACAUAGUCAUAAAUCAUCGAGUUGGCACCACCCAAGGGCAUGGUGGAAUGUACAACCGUUAUGAUGGAAUUCCAUUAGCAUGGGAUGAGCACGCUGUUACAUCUUGUACUGGGGGCAAGGGCAGCAAAAGUACUGGAGACAAUUUCCAUGGGGUCCCAAAUAUUGAUCAUACACAACAGUUCGUAAGGAAAGACAUUACCAAUUGGCUCCGAUGGUUACGGAAUACUAUUGGUUUCCAGGAUUUUCGCUUUGAUUUUGCUAGAGGGUAUUCUCCAAAAUAUGUGAAAGAAUAUAUUGAGGCUGCAAAGCCGAUAUUUUCUGUUGGGGAAUAUUGGGAUUCUUGCAACUACAGAGGCAGCUACUUGGAGUACAACCAAGAUAGUCACAGACAAAGGAUUAUCAACUGGAUUGAUGGCACAGGACAACUAUCAGCUGCAUUUGACUUCACAACAAAGGGGAUUCUGCAGGAAGCUGUUAAAGGUGAGCUUUGGCGCUUGCGUGAUCCUCAAGGGAAGCCACCAGGUGUCAUGGGGUGGUGGCCUUCAAGGGCUGUGACAUUUCUUGAUAACCAUGAUACUGGGUCGACUCAGGCUCAUUGGCCUUUUCCGUCAAAUCAUAUCAUGGAGGGCUACGCCUACAUACUCACACAUCCAGGGAUACCUGCACUAUUCUAUGACCAUUUCUAUGACUGGGGUAGUUCAAUCCAUGACCAAAUUGUGAAGCUGAUCGAUAUUAGGAGGCUUCAAGGCAUAACCAGCCGAUCAUCAAUCAAGAUCCUUGAAGCACAGCCAAAUCUCUAUGCUGCAAAUAUUGGAGGCAAAUUAAUGAUGAAGAUUGGAGAUGGUUCUUGGUGCCCCGGUGGAACGGAAUGGACACUGGCGACCAGUGGGCAUAGGUACGCUGUCUGGAAGAAGUAGCCACCAAUUAGGGCUUAUUUUGGCACUAUGCUAUGAGUUAUAGGAAUGGGUAUUAAAAGAUAUAUAUAGUUUUGAUUUUAGUCCCCUUAUCCUCCCUCUUUUUCUGUUCACUUUUGUUGCUUGGAGGGAGGGUUAAUUUGUGAUAGUGGUGUCUAAAUAAGGUCGUCCCCGUUGCCAUGUAUAAUUGAUGCUACGCUACUAUUAUGGUAAAGAAUGUUGUAGAAACAUAUGGAGGUGUAGGCCUCCAGCCUCCACCUACAUUAUAGUAAAGGUUAUUUCAUGAAGAAAUAUACUAUUUCAGUAACAA